AUGGAAGAGCUUAUUCUGCUACACAAGCGUACCGGUAUACGUGCGUUUCUUUAUCUCACAAAGGGUAGCGAGGAUUGCCCCUCUCAGCCAGCAUGGGGUACGACAGAUGACGACGUUCAGUCAUUUUUUCGACGGCAAUUGGGAAUCGAGCCAUGGUCAUUGAUGUCGCAAUUCGAACUCUGGGUGUAUUCUCAAGGCAAAGAAACAACGCUCAAGGACUUCAAGCAACAAAUGUGCUAUGGCGACAACUAUCGUCGCACGUUAGUCCAUACCCACGGAGUGCGGCUCAUUGGAUGGCCAUUCAUGGAAGACCCCGAAGUUCAGAACGAUGACAUCCCAGUUCCAGCUGGCCUUGCACCAGUGCCGAAAAUUAUCAGCCCCUACAGCAUCACGAGCAUGGACGACGUCAGAGUCCUUCAUCGGCGACUCUCAACCGACGAAUGUUACUGGGUUGGCCUCUCGAAUUCUGAAAUCAACGAAGACCAACGCCUCUUUCGGGAACGAUUGGAACGGAACCAACUUCGAGAGGAGAAGAGCGGAAAGAAGCAGAAGGGGAAAGCAAGAAAGAAGAAAAUGACAGGGGUAGAAAAAGGGAGUGCAGAGGUUGUUGAGACUGAUAGCGAGGAGGAUACGGGGAGCGUGGAGCAGGGUGUCUCCGCCUCCGAGACAUCUGCGGUUGCGAAACAGGUGACGAAGGUUGGAGGACGUGGAAAGAAGCGGAAAGGAGUGGCCACUGAGGGCACGGAGAGUCUGGUACAGAAGAAGAGGAAAUGCGCUGCUCAGGACAGUGACAAAUCAAAAGGGAAGAGCAGCUCGAAGCCUGCUGCAAGCUCAACCAAGCCAGCCAAGAAGCGUAGCAUGAAAGUGGUAACGUCCCAGCUACCAUCAGCUGCUACGUUCAGGAGUCACGCCACGCUCUCUGACACCAAUGAAUCGGGUGAUGACAAGAGCCCCUCCCUUCCUGAAAACAGCUCUCAGCACACUUCCAACGUCAGUACAACGUCUACUGCACUCACCACGCCCACUGCCGCUUCCAACGUCGGCUCGCUGUCUAUGGUAUCUACCACACCCAACUCCAACGCCAGCCUGCCAUCCAAUGUAUCUGACAUACCCACCUCUAACGUCGCCGUACCAUCUAUGGCACCCACCAUGCCCAUCUCCAACGUCAGCGCGUCUGUUGUAGCCACACCUUCGCUCCCCAUUGCCAACGUCGACGACAGCCUCUCCCAUUCUUCGUACCACCCUCUCCUUGCACCUGUCAACCCUGGUGCUGCAUUCAUGCAGGCAUAA